CACUGACAAGACUACAGCGUGCACAGGAUGACUGUGAUGCUGGUUCCUGCCACCCGGCUGUUGGGGACCUCCUCCUGGGUCGCAGCAAGCAAUUAACAGCCUCAUCAACCUGUGGAAUGAAUGGCCCUCAGAAGUACUGCAUUAUAGGCUACCUAGAGGCUGAACAGAAGUGCUUUCUCUGUGAUUCCAGAUACCCGUAUAAUCCCUAUACGCAGCACAACAGUCACAUGAUUGAAAACGUUAUCACAACUUUUGAGCCUGAUAGGAAAAAAAAGUGGUGGCAGUCAGAAAAUGGCAUUGACCAUGUCAGCAUUAGAUUGGACCUAGAAACUUUAUUCCAGUUCAGCCAUCUUAUCCUGACUUUCAAGACAUUUCGGCCUGCAGCAAUGCUGGUUGAGCGCUCCACCGACUUUGGUCAGACCUGGAAAGCAUUUAGAUAUUUUGCACAGGACUGUGCAGCUUCUUUUCCCAACAUCUCUUCUGGUCCAGCAAAAACUGUGGGAGAUGUCGUUUGUGAUUCAAGAUAUUCAGACAUCGAGCCCUCCACUGAAGGCGAGGUUGUUUUAAAAGCUUUGGAUCCCAGCUUUGAAAUAGAAAAUCCAUAUGUGCCAUAUAUCCAAGAGCUCAUUACAUUGACAAACCUAAGGAUCAAUUUUACUAAACUCCACACCCUUGGGGAUGCUCUGCUUGGAAGAAGGCACAGUGAUCCCCUCGAGAAGUACUACUAUGCUGUCUAUGAGAUGGUUGUGCGGGGCAGCUGCUUUUGCAAUGGCCACGCCAGCCAGUGUGGUCCCGUGCAGAAUCUGCGAGGAGAUGUUUUCCAUCAUUCUGGGAUGGUCCAUGGGAGGUGUAUCUGCCACCACAACACUGAAGGUUUGUCUUGUGAAAGAUGUAAAGAUUUCUACAAUGAUGCUCCCUGGAGGCCAGCUGAAGGGACACAAGAUAAUGCUUGCAAACGGUGUAACUGCAACGGCCACUCUGGCAGAUGCCACUUUGACAUGGCUGUGUACCAGGCCAGUGGUGGCGUCAGCGGUGGUGUUUGUGAGGACUGUCAGGACAACACCACGGGGCAACACUGUGACCGGUGCAAACGGUUCUUUUACCAGGAUCCACUCAGAGUCAUCUCAGACCCUCAGGCCUGCCUCCCCUGCAGCUGUGACCCAGAAGGUACAUUGCACAACGGUGCAUGUGAGAGCCGCACAGAUCCUGCUCUGGGAACCGUUGCAGGCCAGUGCCCUUGCAAGGAGAACGUGGAGGGUGUCCGCUGUGACAAGUGCAGGGCGAACUACUACGGGCUGAGCGGCACUGACCCUCUGGGCUGCCAGCCCUGCAACUGCGAUCCCUCCGGCAGUUUGCCCUUCUCCAUCUGUGAUCCUGCCACUGGAGAGUGCCUCUGCCAGCGGUUCACCACGGGACGACGCUGUGAAAAAUGUGUUGUAGGAUACUGGGGUCUUGGCAACAGCUUGUAUGGCUGUUCUCCAUGUGACUGUGACAUUGGUGGAUCCCAGAAUAACCUGUGCUCACCGAAGGAUGGUCAAUGUGAGUGUCUUCCCAACAUCGUGAGCCGCCAGUGUAAUGAGCCAGCCCCAGGCUACUUCUUUUUACCCCUGGAUUAUUAUAUUUAUGAAGCUGAGCAUUCGAAGCCCCUUUCGGGCUCUGCACCCUUGGUUAAACCAAACACUCUUCCAAGAUGUGACAUCUACUUCCAGAAGCAAGGCUAUGAGUUCAUGAUUGAAAAUGGAAAGAUUGUAUUAAACCGGAGCAAGAAACGAAGUGUAAGAAAAUCUGGACUGGAACAGGGUGCCAUGCACUUUGGACAGGACUCAGUUGUGACAGUGGUUUUCAGGCAGCCCAGUGCUGGUCGGUCGGUCACAUGGACAGGACCCGGCUUUGCCCGCGUUCCCAGAGGAGCUGGGCUGAGAUUUUACAUCAACAACGUUCCCUUUGCUAUGGACUUUGAUAUCACAAUUCGUUAUGAGCCUGAGUCCUUGGAAGACUGGCUAGCAAGUGUUGCCAUCCAGCCCGCUGGUGUUUUGUCAAGUCAACGCUGCAAAAACAAGGGCCUUUCACAGGAGCCACAUGUGUUGCCUCUCCCAGCUACAAAGAGGAUUGCACUUCUGCAAACUCCAGUCUGCCUGGAGCCAGGAACAGAAUAUUCUGUGGAUGUGUAUUUUUCUCAGCCCUCUGUCUCUGACCCAAAGGCAAAGUCAUUCAUCUUGAUUGACUCACUUGGACUUAUUCCCAGAAUCAGCUCCGUGGAGAACUUAUGCAGUGAAAAGGAUUUAGAUGAGUACCAGAAGUAUCACUGUAUUGAAAUUGCAUCAGAAGUUGGACCUCACGUCCUGCCCGAAGCCUGCGCACGGCUCAUAGCAAGCAUGUCAGCCCGUAUUCACAACGGUGCCGUCGCAUGUAAGUGCAAUCCCCAAGGGUCGCUGAACACCAGCUGCAGUAAACUGGGGGGUCAGUGUCAGUGCAAAGCCAACGUUGUGGGACGCUGCUGUGACACCUGCUCUGCAGGCAGCUACGGCUUUGGCUUCCACGGCUGCUACGCAUGUGAGUGCCACCCACAAGGCUCGCUGAGCACGCUGUGUGACCAGGUGACAGGGCAGUGCUCCUGCCGCCGGGAGGUGGAUGGUCAGCGCUGCAGUCGAUGUCUGGCUGGGUAUUUUGGAUUUCCCCACUGCCGUCCUUGCCCGUGUAAUGGUUAUGCAGAGCUUUGCCACCCGGUGACUGGAGUGUGCCUGAACUGUCGUGGGUUUACGACUGGAAGCCGCUGUGAGAAGUGCAUGGAUGGCUAUUAUGGAAACCCACUGAACAGAGAACCCUGCCGCCCAUGCAUGUGCCCAGGGCCACCUACAAGCAAUAGGUAUUUUGCACGUUCCUGUUACCAGGACUCCCAGUCUGCACAACUAGUCUGCGAUUGUCUCGAGGGAUAUUCAGGCAUCCAGUGUGACAAGUGUCCUAGUGGGUUCUACAACCCAGGCAGCCCCGGGCUUGACUGUGCACCAUGUCCCUGCAAUAACAACAUUGAUGUGACAGACCCAGAGUCCUGUAACAGGGUCACUGGGGAAUGCACUAAGUGUUUACACAACACCCAUGGAACAAACUGCCAGUUCUGCAAACCAGGGUAUUUUGGCUCAGCCCUUGAUCAAAACUGUCGAAGGUGCACAUGCAAUCCAGUGGGUGUUCGCCCUGCCAUGUGCCCGGGGGGGGACGCAGCCUGUCUGUGCGACCCAGCCACAGGAGCUUGCCCUUGCCUGCCCAAUGUGGUGGGCACGACAUGUGACCAGUGUGCCUCGGGCUACUGGGACCUGGCUAGUGGGAAAGGAUGUCAGAUAUGUGACUGUGAUUCAAAAAACUCCCAAAGCAACCAGUGUGACCAGCUUACAGGCCAGUGUCCAUGUAAGCUAGGUUACAGUGGAAGAUGUUGUGAUGAAUGUGAGGAAAAUUACUUUGGCAAUCCCCAGAUGCAUUGCAUUUCGUGCAAGUGUAACCCAGAGGGAACACGCCAGCCCAAGUGUGACAAAGCCACCGGUGCAUGUAACUGUCGCGCUGGUGUCACUGGCCGGUUCUGCGACCAGUGCGGCCGCGGCUUUGAGAAAGAUUUUCCCUCUUGCCGUCAGUGUCAUCUUUGUUUUGAUCAGUGGGACACUGAAAUUACUGCCCUUGCUCAGACUGUUCAGGGGUUGGUGAGGUUUGCUGCAAAUCUCGAAGACAGAGGAGGACGAAUGCCCAGCUGUGACAUGCGCUUCAAAGCCUUUGAAGAUGCCAUUUCUGAAAUUGAAAGAAUUUUGAGGCAUCCUGUUCUUUCACUGGAGGCCUUCUCAGUCAUCAAGGAUUUUCAGGGCUAUGUUCAACAAAAAGCUGCACAAAUGGAUCCCCUUUACAGUACGCUGUAUGAGUUUCCUGACCUUAACAACAACAUAGAAGACAUUGGGGAAGAAGCUGACCUCGUGUAUGAACUUCUACAACAGAAAGUACAUCUGCAUCAAAGUUUUCAUUAUUUGAACCUCAAAG